CCUUCCUCCUCAUGGUGGACAUUUUAACUUUUUAGGUCUUUGUUCACAGACUCACAGGCUUCAGGGCGCUGAUCGUGAGUAGGAGGCGGCCUGGGAGGCAGCGCGCCUGCUGUGCGGGGUGUGUCUGAGGCUCCUUGAGCACAACAGCCCGAGAUUGGGGUCCCCGUGCCUCCCGGACUCCUCUCUGCUCACAGCGUCCCCGCAGCCUGACCCCAUUUCACCUCCAGCCUUGGGGACCGGCCCUCUCAGGUCCUGCCGCCCAGGUCCCAGCGCUCAGAAUGGUUGUUGGCAUAAAAUGGAUGAUGAGGAGGCCUGUUCUGCUCAGAGUGUAUCUAUACAAGGAGAGUCACAGGUCGGGGCUUCUAAGACAGCUACAGCCACCCAGAAGACCCUUCUGUGUAAUUAGGGAAAAAAUAAAUGGCAUUGAAGGCACGAAACUAGAUGACCACUUUCUUGACCUGGAAAAGAAAAUAGAUAUCACCAAUAAAGCUGUUACAGAAAUUCUUUUGAAAACCACAGAAUACAUUCAGCCCAAUCCAGCAUGCAGAGCGAAGCUGGGGAUGCUGAGCCCAAUGUUGAAGAUCCACAAUCAGGGGAAGGCCUCAGAGUGCCUGCAGCCAGAGGGCCUGCUGGGCGACUGCAUGCUCAAGUACGGCCAGGAGCUGGGCGAGGACUCCACCUUCGGCAGCGCGCUGACCGAUAUGGGCGAAGCUAUGAAGCUGAUGGCGGAGGUGAAAGAAUCCUUUGAUAUUAACGUCAAGGAAACCUUUAUUGAUCCACUCCAGUUAGUACACUACGAAGAUUUAAGUGAGAUUUCGCACCACCUGAAGAGGCUGGAGGGCCGCCGCCUGGACUACGAUUAUAAAAGGAAGCACGUUGGGAAGAUCCCCAAUGACGAGAUCACACAAGCAAUGGAAAAGUUUGAGGAGUCCAAGGACUUUGCAGAGAGAUGCAUGUUUAAUUUUUUAGAAAAUGACGUAGAGCAAGUUGGCCAGUUGGCGCUGUUUAUCCAGGCGGCUCUAGAGUAUCACCAGCAGUCGGCCAACAUCCUGCAGCUGCUGCAGAGGAAGCUGAGGAUGCGAAUCGCGGCUGCCUCCUCUCUGGGCAGAAAUGACUUCAUGCCGCAGCCCCUGAGAAGGUGUCCCAACGCACUCAACCUGUCCACCGCUUCCUCAGCCAAGUCGAGAGGAUAUGAAUUUUGAUAACGUGGCCAUUGCCUUCUCUCAGAAGGAAUGGGGGCUCCUUGAUGAGGAUCAGAGACAUCUAUGCUGC